AUGCUGCUCAUGGACAAUGCUCCUGCCCAUCCUCCAGGCCUUGAGGAAGACUUGGUGGAGGACUUUAAUUUCAUCAAGGUCACGUUCCUUCCGCCUUACACCACCCUACUACUCCAGCCAAUCUCCAAUUUUAAAAAACUCUACACAAGGGAGCAUUUCCGGCGAUGCUUUGAGAUGACAGAUCGCUCAAGCCUCACCCACCAUGAAUUUUGGAGAGAGCAUUUUGACAUUGUAAGCUGUCUGCAGAUUAUCACCAUUGCCAUUGUCAGCCACCUGCACCAGAGUCAACAGUUUUGUAGGAAAUUGUUUCCUUGGGGAGGACUAUGGGCCUGGAGGUGA